AUGGGAGACAAUGGGAUAAUCCACCGGUUUAUUGGACCACUUAUUAGAACAGGUGUACGCGGUGACGGAUCUGAUAGGUCAGGUUGUUUGAAGUGGUUAGAUAAUCAACCACCUGCAUCUGUUCUGUUCGUGUCAUUCGGUAGCGGUGGAACUCUCUCUAGUGACCAACUAAUUGAAUUGGCUCUAGGGUUGGAAAUGAGUGAACAAAAGUUUUUGUUGUUUUUAAGACGUCCUAUUCCCAGUGAAAAGGCUGCAAGUUCAUCUUACUUGAGUGUUCAAAGCAUUGAGGAUCCUUCUGAAGUCUUACCAAAAGGGUUCUUGGAUAGAACCCGAAAAUCGGGUUUGGUUGUUUCUUCAUGGGCACCACAGAUUGAAAUCCUUAAUCAUGGAUCAACAGGUGGGUUUUUAACCCACUGUGGUUGGAACUCAACCCUUGAAAGUAUCGUGCAUGGUGUCCCUUUAAUUGCAUGGCCACUCUUUGCAGAGCAGAAGAUGAAUGCAGUGAUGCUUACAGAUGCUAUUAAGGUAGCUUUAAGACCGAAACCAAUGGAAAGUGGGCUAAUAGGACGUGAUGAGAUUUGUAGGGUUGUUAGGGGACUUAUGGAAGGAGAAGAAGGGAAGAUACUUAAGAGUAAGAUGAGAGAACUUAAAUGUGUUGCGACUAGCACUUUGGCUCAAGGUGGCUCCUCGUUCAAAACAUUUGCGGACGUUGUAAAGGCAUGGAAAAGCUAUUAG